AUGGAUCAACAGGAACAUGUACAAUCACAUGUUUAUUGCAAAAAUAAUUGUGGAUUUUAUGCAUCAAUGCAGUACGAUGGUUAUUGUUCAAGUUGUUUUCAACAGCAGAUAAUAAAGAACAAUGACGAAAAACGAUCUACUGUUUCGACAAUUAAUCAAAUAUAUUCUCCUUCUGUAGUAGUAAUACAACAACAAGAUGGUAUUACACCCAAUGAACAAAUAACUCAAAAACGUAAACGAGAAAAUAAGCAACAAUAUAAUCGUUGUGAAAAAUGUUUAACAAGAGUGGGUUUAACUGGAUUUGAAUGCCGAUGUGGUCAAUUAUUUUGUUCAAAACAUCGUUAUCCAAACGAACAUCAAUCUCCUUUGACAAUCAAACAAGCACCGACCGAUACUAUAAGUGUUUUGCAGAGUCAAAAUACAACAAUUUCCUUGGAAGUUGAUGGUUUACCUAAACCAGAUAUAAAAUGGUAUUUUAAUGAUACAGAAAUUACUCCAUCAGCUAAACAUAAAUUUGAUGUCAAACAAAAUACGUUCACCUUGAAUUUAAAUAAAGCUGAUUUUAAUGAUUCUGGAACAUACAAAGCAGUUAUUAAUAAUGGGAUUGAAACUCUUGAAGUACCAGUCAGAGUAAACGUUGGUGUAAAACCGAAACUCGAAGGUGCAAAACCACAGGUGGACGUUGCUUGUGUCUAUGGAGAAGACGCUAAAAUGCAGUUUAAGUUUUCUGGCGUUGAAAAACCAACUGUUCAAUGGUAUCGAAAUAAUGUUCCAGUUGUACUCGAUGAUCGCACAAUUAUUACCGAAGAUGACGAUGGUACAACAACAUUAACUGUUAAACAGACUACCCUGGAUGACAAGGGUCUCUACAUAGCAAAAGCAACUAAUUCACUUGGUGAAGUUGAAGCCAAAGCAAAUUUGAAUAUUACAGGUAUAAAGCCAGUGUUAGCGACCGAUGUCGAGCAAACGGUUCAAGCUGUUAAAGGUGAAUCGUUCACAAUCAAACUACAAGCAACAGGUACACCGUUACCACAAGUGACCUGGAUGAAAGGAAAUGAUGAUUUACAACCAAAUGAUCGAAUCUCCAUGCAACAAGAUCAGGAUGGCUGGUUCACACUAAAAAUUGAUAACUGUUCCCCAGAAGAUAUUGGUGAAUAUACUGCUAAAGUAACGAAUGUACAAGGAACAUUGAAGAGUCAAAAAUGCAAAGUCAACGUAACAAAAACACCAGAGUUUAAAACAAAACCGAGUGGAGUCGAAGUAAAACAAGGUGAAACAGCUCAAUUUUCAACGACUGUCGACGGUUUUCCAGUGCCAAAAGUAACAUGGUUAUUAAACGCAAAACCACUGACAGCCAAAGAUAAUGUACAAAUUGAGUAUGAUCAAAAAACGGGUGAAGCCAAAUUAACGAUACCCAAUGUUGAUAUUGAGCGUCACAGUGGACAAGUGACAUGUCGUCUCGAAUCACCAUUGGGCACACAAGAAGAAACGGUGCCAUUAGACGUAUUGAGUUCACCAAUUCUAUCGGGAAAAUUGACGGAUCAAGAAACGAUUGCAGGCAAAGAAGUUACAAUGAAAUUAGGUGUCAAAGGUUCACCAAAACCUGACGCCAAAUGGUAUCGUAACGACGUCGAAAUACCUGUGACAGAUGAGAAUUAUCGACAAACUGUUACGGAAACAAAUGAAUAUCAAUUGACAAUUGUGAAUCCAACAGUGACCGACAGCGAAGGGCGUUAUUAUGUUGAAAUGAAAAAUCCAUUAGGUGAAAUAAAGUCAAAUGAAUGCACGAUCACGGUUCUCGAACCGAGUCACAUUCAAAUGUUAUCCGAAGAAGGUGAUAAACAGCUGAAAGUGGGUGAUACGUUUGAACUUGAGUGUCAAGUGACGGGUAAAGAGGUACCGAAAGUAACAUUUUACAAAGAUGGCAAAGAAUUGAAGCCGGCUGCUGAUCAUGUGACAAUCGAUGCGUCACCCGAUGGCAAAUACAAAUUGACCGUGACGAAUGUGAGACCGGAAGAUUUGGGUGCCUAUAAAGUUGUCGCCAAAAACAAGACAUCAACAGACGAAAAAUCGAUUAAUGUCAAUAUUACAUCACCAUUGAACAUUGUUCAACCAUUAUCCGAUCAAAAUGUUCUUACAGGACAAAGUGGCAUAUUUACAAUAACAUGCGAUGCGUUCCCAUUACCAAAAGUGACUUGGUUCUUCAAUGAUGUCGAAUUAAAAAAUACGCCAAAAACAAAGAUUGAAGCAAAACAAAAUGUUUACACUUUAACCGUGAAUAAAUGUGAUACGGCAGAUGUUGGUACAUAUCGUGCGUUACUCGACAAUUCCAUCGACAAAACGGAAAAUACGGCCAAAUUAAAUGUGGGCACAAAACCCACGGUUGUCGGUAAGCCACAAGAUCAACAAGUACAAAUUGGUCAAAGAGCACAACUACAGGCACAAUUUACCGGUACGCCAAUGCCAAAAAUAGAAUGGUCAAGAGCAGAUGGUCAACCGUUACCUGAUUAUAUUGAAAUACAAACAGAUGAAGCCAAUGGUACAACAUCGUUGACGGUGCCAGAAGCUAAAAUUACGGACAAAGCGAGUUACGUAGCACGAGCAACAAGUGAUUUUGGUGUCAUUGAAGCAAAAUUAAAUUUGGACGUUAAAGAAAUAAAACCGACAAUUGUACGUGAUUUGGAUGCUGCAUUGAAUGCAACAAAAGGUGAACAAAUGACACUAUCAUUAGAAGCUACCGGCAAUCCUCAGCCAACGGUGAAAUGGUUUAGAGGUAAUGAUGAAUUGGUGCCAGUUGAAGGCCAAAUACAAACGACACAGUCAGAUGAUGGUAAAACAUAUACGUUAACAAUUCUCAAUGUACAACCUGAUCAACAUAUUGGCGAUUAUUCAGCAACAAUUCAAAAUACAGGUGGCAUGGUGAAAUCAAAACGCAUCAAAGUCAAUGUGACAAAAACACCAGAGUUUAAAACAAAACCGAGUGGAGUCGAAGUAAAACAAGGCGAAACAGCUCAAUUUUCAACGACUGUCGACGGUUUUCCAGUGCCAAAAGUAACAUGGUUAUUAAACGCAAAACCACUGACAGCCAAAGAUAAUGUACAAAUUGAGUAUGAUCAAAAAACGGGUGAAGCCAAAUUAACGAUACCCAAUGUUGAUAUUGAGCGUCACAGUGGACAAGUGACAUGUCGUCUCGAAUCACCAUUGGGCACACAAGAAGAAACGGUGCCAUUNUUAAUAGUUUUCGCUGUUCAAAAAAUAAAGCCGACGAUUUCACGAGACUUGGAUGCGUCUCUUAAUGGCACAAAAGGACAGGCGCUGGUUUUGAGUCUGGAAGCAUCUGGCAAUCCUGUGCCAUCCAUUAAAUGGUUUCGUGGUCAAGAAGAGCUGGUAGAGGCAGAGGGUGACGUUAAAUUGACACAGUCGGAAGAUGGUAAAACGUACUCGUUGACAUUAUUGAAUGUUCAACCAAAAGAUAUUGGAGAGUAUUCGGCAACGGUACAAAACUCUGGUGGGAUGGUUAAAAGUAAAAAGUGUAAAGUCAACGUAACAAAAUCACCUGAGUUUUUACGACGUCCCGAUGAUCAGACUGUUGCUCAAGAUUCAGCGGUCGUAUUGGAAGCGGAAAUUGAUGCUUUCCCGGUUUGUAAAGUAACUUGGCUUCGUGAUGGCAAAGCGUUAACUCCCAAGGAAGCUGGAGUUGAAGUUCAGUCUCAACCUGAGAAAGGUCUUUUUUCAUUGCACAUACCAAAGUGUGAUACGGUCAAACACAUGGGUACAAUUGUUUGUCGUGCUGAAAAUGCUGUCGGAAAUGCCGAACAUUCAUUCUUAUUGAAUAUUAAUACCGCACCGACAAUAAAAACAGGAUUGAAGGACACCAAUGUUCUCAAAGAUCAAGAUGUCACAUUCACGUUGGAUAUCCAGGGAUAUCCACCACCAACACUAACUUGGAUGAAAGGGGAUAUUCCUAUUGCCCAACCGAACGAUAAAUACAUGCCAAGCGAAGAUGGAAAAACAUUGACAGUUCGCAAUGUACAAAUCGAAGAUGAAGAUGAUUAUAGUGUUCAGAUCAAAAAUGAACUUGGAGAAGUAAUAAGCAAAGCUAAAUUAAAUUGCUUCAUCCUACCCGAUAUUAACCCUAUGCUUGAAGACAAGAACGUUUCUGUACGCCAAAACAUCGAUUAUACGACAACGAUAACCGGUCGGCCGUUUCCCGAAGUGCAAAUAUUGAAAAAUGGUAAAGAACUGAAACCAACAAAUCGCAUUCGUAUUGACAUUAACGACGAUGAGCAUUCAUAUAAAUUAUCGAUCGAUGAUAUACAGGGAGAUGACGACGCCACUUACACAAUUAAAGCUAAGAACACAGCAGGUGUUAAAGAAUCAUCGUCAAAAGUCACUGUUUCACAAGCAUUGACAUUCUUGAAACAGUUGCAAGAUGAAAACGUUGUGCAAGGACAACCAGUCACCUUUAUCUGUCAGUGCGAAGCAAUACCGAAACCGAAAAUAACGUGGUAUCUCAACGACCAAGAGCUGAAACAAUCAUCGAAGAUCAAAUUCGAAGCGAAAGGCGACGUUUAUUCAGCACAGUUUCAAAAAGUCGAUUUGAUAGAUUCAGGCACAUUGAAAGUUGUCGCCGACAACGGAGUGGAUCAUGUUGAAUCAACGGCCAAACUAAAUGUGUGUUUGAAACCAUCUGCUGUGGGAAAGGUUCAAGAUGUACAAGUCAAUAUAACGGAGCCAGCUCGGCUUCAGGCAGCUUUUACCGGAUUGCCGAUGCCUAAAAUCGAGUGGUCGAGACAAGAUGGACUACCUUUGCCCGAAUACAUCGAAGUUCAAACGGAUGAAUCGAGUGGAACCAGUGCCCUUGUGUUCUCAACAACAGCGAUAGACGACAAAGGAGCUUAUGUGGCCAAAGCAUCGAACGUAGUAGGAACAGUAGAAACAAAAGUGACUUUAAGCGUAAAAGAAAUUAAACCGACGAUUUUGCGUGAUUUGGAUGCAGCUGUGAAUGCUACGAAAGGACAACCAAUGACGUUGACGUUAGAAGCAACUGGAAAUCCAAAACCAACUGUCCGAUUUUUCCGCAAUACAGAUGAGUUAGUGCCCGCUGAAGGACAAAUUGAACUCAAAGAAUCGGAAGAUGGUAAAACUUAUACGCUGACGAUAUUAAGUAUGCAGCCAAAUCAACAAGGAGACUAUUCAGCAACAGUUCAAAACACGGGUGGUGUAGCGAAAUCGAAGAAAUGCAAAGUAACUGUUACAAAAUCACCUGAAUUCGUACGAAAACCACAAGAUUUGACUGUUCAUGAAAAAGAAGAGGCUGUUUUUGAAACUGAAGUUGACGCAUUUCCAUCAGCGAAAGUCACCUGGCUACGUGAUGGGAAACCUUUUACAGUAAAAGAUGGUGUGGAAAUGCAAUCGCAAGCCGAUAAAGGUAUCUACACUUUGCGUAUACCGAACUGUGACACUGCCAAACACAUGGGUACAAUCGUGUGUCGAGCCGAAAAUGCAAUUGGAAACGUUGAACAUCCACUUCAACUCAACGUUACGACGGUACCUGUGAUCAAAACACAACUGAAAGAUUUAGAGAUACUUCAAGGACAAGAUGCCACAUUCUCUAUCGAUGUCCAAGGUUAUCCAGUGCCAAAAGUAACGUGGAGUAGAAAUAAUGUUGCAAUCGGAGAACAAAACGAGAAAUAUACAUGGAGUGAAGAUGGGAAACAGUUUGUUAUUCACAACGUGCAGAUUGAUGAUGAAGAUGAGUAUGGUGUCAAAAUUGAAAAUGAGUUGGGUGAAGCGACAAGCAAGGCGAAAUUGUCAUGUUUGGUAUUUCCCGAUAUUCAACCAAUGCUUGAAGAUAAAAAUCUUAAAAUUCAUGAACCAGUUGAGUAUUUAAUAAAAGUAACCGGUCGGCCGUUUCCCGAAGUGCAAAUAUUGAAAAAUGGUAAAGAACUGAAACCAACAAAUCGCAUUCGUAUUGACAUUAACGACGAUGAGCAUUCAUAUAAAUUAUCGAUCGAUGAUAUACAGGGAGAUGACGACGCCACUUACACAAUUAAAGCUAAGAACACAGCAGGUGUUAAAGAAUCAUCGUCAAAAGUCACUGUUUCACAAGCAUUGACAUUCUUGAAACAGUUGCAAGAUGAAAACGUUGUGCAAGGACAACCAGUCACCUUUAUCUGUCAGUGCGAAGCAAUACCGAAACCGAAAAUAACGUGGUAUCUCAACGACCAAGAGCUGAAACAAUCAUCGAAGAUCAAAUUCGAAGCGAAAGGCGACGUUUAUUCAGCACAGUUUCAAAAAGUCGAUUUGAUAGAUUCAGGCACAUUGAAAGUUGUCGCCGACAACGGAGUGGAUCAUGUUGAAUCAACGGCCAAACUAAAUGUGUGUUUGAAACCAUCUGCUGUGGGAAAGGUUCAAGAUGUACAAGUCAAUAUAACGGAGCCAGCUCGGCUUCAGGCAGCUUUUACCGGAUUGCCGAUGCCUAAAAUCGAGUGGUCGAGACAAGAUGGACUACCUUUGCCCGAAUACAUCGAAGUUCAAACGGAUGAAUCGAGUGGAACCAGUGCCCUUGUGUUCUCAACAACAGCGAUAGACGACAAAGGAGCUUAUGUGGCCAAAGCAUCGAACGUAGUAGGAACAGUAGAAACAAAAGUGACUUUAAGCGUAAAAGAAAUUAAACCGACGAUUUUGCGUGAUUUGGAUGCAGCUGUGAAUGCUACGAAAGGACAACCAAUGACGUUGACGUUAGAAGCAACUGGAAAUCCAAAACCAACUGUCCGAUUUUUCCGCAAUACAGAUGAGUUAGUGCCCGCUGAAGGACAAAUUGAACUCAAAGAAUCGGAAGAUGGUAAAACUUAUACGCUGACGAUAUUAAGUAUGCAGCCAAAUCAACAAGGAGACUAUUCAGCAACAGUUCAAAACACGGGUGGUGUAGCGAAAUCGAAGAAAUGCAAAGUAACUGUUACAAAAUCACCUGAAUUCGUACGAAAACCACAAGAUUUGACUGUUCAUGAAAAAGAAGAGGCUGUUUUUGAAACUGAAGUUGACGCAUUUCCAUCAGCGAAAGUCACCUGGCUACGUGAUGGGAAACCUUUUACAGUAAAAGAUGGUGUGGAAAUGCAAUCGCAAGCCGAUAAAGGUAUCUACACUUUGCGUAUACCGAACUGUGACACUGCCAAACACAUGGGUACAAUCGUGUGUCGAGCCGAAAAUGCAAUUGGAAACGUUGAACAUCCACUUCAACUCAACGUUACGACGGUACCUGUGAUCAAAACACAACUGAAAGAUUUAGAGAUACUUCAAGGACAAGAUGCCACAUUCUCUAUCGAUGUCCAAGGUUAUCCAGUGCCAAAAGUAACGUGGAGUAGAAAUAAUGUUGCAAUCGGAGAACAAAACGAGAAAUAUACAUGGAGUGAAGAUGGGAAACAGUUUGUUAUUCACAACGUGCAGAUUGAUGAUGAAGAUGAGUAUGGUGUCAAAAUUGAAAAUGAGUUGGGUGAAGCGACAAGCAAGGCAAAACUAGGUUGUCUUGUCCCACCGAGUAUUUCACCCGCUAGUGUUGAUGACCACGUUGCAAAGCGUGGUGAUGAAUUAGAGUUUAUAUUUGAAAUCGAUGGUCGUCCGGAAGUUGAUGUUGUAUGGCAGAAAAAUCAAAAAGAUUUGAAACCAAAUGAGAAUCCUAAUUGUAUUAUCGAUAAAGAUUUGGAAAAAAGAGCGUAUUCGUUGAAGAUUUUAAAAGCUGACGCUGAUGAUCAAGCGAAAUACACUGUUAUAGCUAAAAACAAGGCAGGAAAAGCUGAAGUAUCGAUUAAUGUGAUUGUAAAAGCUGAGCUGCAAUUUACUAAACCACUGGUUGAUAUGGCUACCGUAGUCGGACAACCAGUAACGUUUUCAUGCGAGUGUUUCGGUUUGCCGAAGCCAACCGUGACCUGGUUUUUGAACAAUGAUGUUGAAUUGAAAUCCACAGCCAAAUACAAAAUUGAAGCAAAACAUCCUGUGCAUACAUUGACAUUAAACAAGCCCGAUUUGAUUGACGUGGGAUCGUAUCGUGCUGUGGCUACAAACGGAGAACAAACAGUCGAAUCAACAGCAACUCUAGUCGUGCAAGUCAAACCAAAACUAGAGGGUAAACCUGUUGAUUGUUCGCCAAUAAUUGGAGAACCAGCAAGAAUUCAAUGUAAAUUCUCUGGUACCGCUCCUUUCACAGUUGUAUGGCUAAAAAAUAAUGAACCACUUGAGUUACCAAAUGAAAAUAUCGAAGUAAUUGAUGAGGUGGAAACGGGUAUUCAAGCAUUAUCAUUCAAAGUAACCGAUAUCUCAGACAAAGGGUCUUAUACUGUUCAAGUAUCAAAUAAAGUUGGACAAACAGAAGGAAAAAUGACGUUGGCUCCAAAAGAAAUAAAACCAACAAUUUUAACUGAUCUCGAAGGUCAAACAGUGAAGAAAGGUGAACAAUUAGAAUUGAUUAUUGUUGCUGAUGGUAAACCACGUCCUCAAUGUAAAUGGACAUUAAAUAAUAAUGAUCUGAAACUUGUUGAUGAUCAAGUUGAAUCUAUUAUGGAUGAAGAUGGCAAAACUUAUCGCCUGAGAAUUCGAUCUACUCAACCAGAACAUAUUGGCGAGUAUUCGGCAACAUUAUCAAAUGGUGGUGGAAGUGUUAAAUCAAAAAAAGUAAAAGUGACGAUUGAAAAAGCACCAGAAUUUUCAGAUAGUGAUAGAGUGAAAACAGUGAAAAUUAUCCAAGGUGAUGAUUGUUUAUUGAGUAAUCCAAUCGAUGCAUAUCCAGUACCUAAACUUUCAUGGACACGAUCGGAUGGAAAAGUAUUAUCUGAUAAAGAUGGCUAUGUCAGCGGAUAUGAUACAGAUAAAAAUGCUGCUAUUUUAUCUAUAAAACAAGUACAAAAGACUGUUCACGAAGAUGAUUAUAUCUGUCAUGCACAAAAUGAAUUUGGUACAGCUGAUGUGACAACAAAAUUAUUAGUUUUAAUUCGACCUACUAUUACACGACCAUUAGCCGAUACACAAUCUAGUGAAUUUGAACGUUUUAUAGUUGAAGUUGAAGUUGAAGGUUUUCCAUCACCAGUAGCCACUUGGAUACGAGAUGAAACUGAAGAAAUAACAUCAUCCAAUAAACAAUUUACAAUUGAACAAACGGAUAAUACAUAUCGAUUAAUUUUUAAUGAAACUCAAAUAGAUCAAACUGGAACAUAUGGUAUUAAAUUGAAAAAUGAAGUUGGUGAAGUAGAAUCACAAAUGAAAUUGACAAUUACUGAACGUCCAAUAGAAAUAUCAAAACCAUUGGAAGAUCAACGUGGUAUUGAAAAAGACUCUGUUACAUUUGAAUGUGUAUUUACAAAACCUGUUCCAAUGAUCAAAUGGUACAAAAAUGGAAUAUUAUUAGAUGAACCAAGAUUUAUGCAUAUUGGAGAAGCAAAUCAACGAUAUUUUAAACUGGAAAUUAAAAAUUUAAAUCUUGAUGAUAGUGGUGAAUUUGAAUGUGUUUAUGAUGAGAAUACAAGAUCAAAAGCAAACUUGAUCGUUGGUGAAUUGCCAAUUGAUUUUGAAAAACCAUUAAGUAAUCAACAAUUAACAGAAUAUGAUACAUUGAAAUUAGAAUGUAUUGUAACAAAACCAGGCAAAGAAGUUAAAUGGUAUAAAGAUGGUGAUUUAAUUGAUGAAAAAUCAGAUGCUCGUGUUCGCAUUGAAAUAGAUGAGAAAACACAUCGUCUAAUUAUUGAAAAUAUGUCACCAAAUGAUGAAGGAAACUAUGAUGCAAUGACAAUCGAUCGAAAAAGUUCUGCUUUUGUCGGUGUUAAAGAAAUUCCUGUUGAAUUUACUCGUCCUCUGACUGAUAUUGAAGUCGAAGAGCGUACACCUACUAUAACAUUAGAAUGCGAAUGUAAUAAAAUUGUUCUCGUUGAAUGGUUACGUUUUGCAACUGUUUUGACACCUUUUACUGAUGAAAAUCGUAUUAUAAUCGAACAAGAUGAACAUGUUCAUCGUUUAAUUAUUAAAAAUGUACAAAUGGAUGAUGCAGCAACAUAUACAUGUCGAUAUUCUACUGAUGCUCAAUCAUCAGGAAAAUUACGUGUUACAGAAUUACCUGUAGCUAUUGUCACACCUAUGACAGAAGAACAAACAAUUACUGAAAAUGAUGAUUUAGUACUGACAGUUGAAUUAAAUAAACCAAAUGUUCAAAAUAUUAUCUGGUUAAAAGAUGGUCAAGUAAUUGAUAUUGAUUCACCUCGUUUUAAACGUCUUGUUCAAGGUGAAAAAUAUAGUUUAAAAUUGGUGGAUAGUAAAUUAGAUGAUCAGGGACGAUAUACAUGUAAAAUUGGUGAUCUACUUGAAACAUCGACUGUUGUUCAUGUUAAUGAAUUACCAGUAUAUUUUACUGAACAAUUAAAAGAUCGAAAAAUACUGGAAAAUAGUGAACAAUAUCAUUUUGAUUGUGAAAUAAAUAAAGAAAAUAAAAUAGCCACAUGGUAUAAAGAUCAAGAACAAAUUGUGUCUGGAGACGAGUGUAGAAUCGCUGUUAAUGGUCGAAUACAUUCACUCGUAUUUUCUACUGUACAACUCAAACAUCAAGGACAAUAUACAAUUAAAUUUGAUGAAAAUAUAACAUCAACUGCUAAUCUUACUGUUGAAGAUGCUCCAACUGAUUUCGAUAUCGGAUUAGAAAAUGUUCAAAUUCUUGAAUGUGAACCGUUGAUAUUGGAAUGUAUAUUGACAAAAGAUCGUCCAGAUGACGAAAUAAAAUGGUUUUUUGAUGGAGAACCCUUAGAAAUUGAUCAUGAAAGAAUAAAAGUACAAAAAGUGGGUCCUAUUGUCAAACUAACAAUUGAUGAAUGUAAAAUGACAGAUGAAGGACGAUAUAUGGCGGAAAUAAAUGGAAAAACAAGCAAAGCAACAGUCACUGUCAAAGAAAAACCAUUGAAAUUUGUUCGAGAAUUAAAAGAUAUUGAAAUUAAUGAAUGGGAUCGUUGUGUAUUUGAGUGUGAACUAAAUAAAAAAGAUGCUGAUUGUCGAUGGUUUAAAGAUACAACAGAAUUACGACAUGAUGUUGAUAACGGACGUCUCAUUGAAACAGAUGGAAAAGUUAGACGUUUAAUUUUGGAAAAAGUAGAAAUAGAAAACGAAGGAGACUAUGGAAUUGUGUGUAAUAAUCAAAAAUCAUCGGCAAAAUUAAAAGUUAUUGAAUUGCCUUAUGUGUUUGUUACGCCGUUAGUUGAUCAAGAAGUAGUAGAAAAACAACAAUUUCUUCUCGAAUGUGAAACAAAUAAAACAUUAAAAGACAAUCAGUGUGUUUGGACAAGAAAUGGUGUUGUACUCACUCAUAAUCCUGUUGAAGGUAUCCUCGUGAAAACUAUAGAUAAAGUUCAUUCACUGACAAUUUACGAGAGUAAAAUGAAAGACGCUGGACGAUACGUUUGUACUAUUAAACAAUCGCAAUCAUCAUGUGAAGUUAAAAUCAAAGUUGAAUUUGUUCGCUCAUUAGAAGGUGUAACGGUCACGGAAGGUCAACCGAUGAAAUUAAGUUGUACACUAAGUAAAGAAAAUUGUGAUGUAAAAUGGUACAGAGAUGAUGAUGAAGAACCAAUUCAAGUUGGUGGUGAAGAAGAAAGUCGCUAUUCAAUAACAAAUGAUGGACGAAUUUAUCGAUUAGAAAUUAAAGAAUCAAAAAUGGAUGAUGCAGGAAAAUAUACCAUCAAAGUCGAAGAUAAAUCACAAUCAUGUCAAGCUGUGGUCACUGAAGCACCAAUCGACGUCGUCAUUCCUCUUAGAGAUCAAAAGUGUUUAGAAAACACAAAAGAAUUUGAAUUUUAUGUUGAACUUAAUAAACCAAAUGUGACCAAUGUUGUCUGGAAAUGUGAUGAAGAACCUAUUUUUAAUGAUGAAAAAUAUUCAAUCACUUCUAAAGGCACAAAAUAUAGUUUGACGAUUAAAAAUGUUUCAUUAGAAGAUGAAAAAAUGUAUUCAGUGCAAGUUGGUGGUACAAAAGCUAAAUCUCAAGCUGAUUUGACUGUCGAGGAAUUAGAACCAGAUUUUGUUGGAACACUAACAGAUGUUGAAUGUUUUGAAGAUGCUGAUGGUGUAUUUGAAUGUGAAUUAACAAAAUCAAAAUGGAAAAAGACAGGUUUACCGAUUAUCUGUCGAUGGUAUAGAAAUGUGGAACGAGAAGUACGACCAACAGUAAAAUAUUCGAUAGAACGAUCUGGACCAUUGCACAAAUUGAUUGUACAUCGAGCAGCUUAUGAAGACGAUGCUGAAUAUAGAUGUGUCAUUGGAGAAAAAUUUAUCAGUGCAAAAUUGACCGUUAAUGAAAUUCCUGUUACAUUCACUCAAUUAUUAGAAGAUGUUACUUCAAUUGAACGUGAAACUGUCACUCUUCAAUGUGAAGUAUCAAAAACUCACUCGACCCGUACCGAAUCGGAAAUACCUAUUCAAUGGUAUCGUGAUGGUGUUAAAAUGGUCGCUGGUGGACGAUUUGAGAUCACAAAAGCAAAUAAACGUCAAACAUUGAAGAUAAUUAAUUUGAGUUUAACUGAUGCGGGUGAAUAUUCCUGUACUGCUGGUGGUGAUAAAGGAGCUAAAACUGUAGCAAACGUAAUUGUUGGCGAUUUAUCGGUGGAAUUUACUCAAUCGUUAACAGAUAAAACUGUUUUGGAAGAUCAAACAUUGACGUUGGAUUGUACAGUAAAUCGAACAGAUAAACCUUAUCAAUGGUAUUUUAAUGAUCAACAAAUUCAUAGUGGUGAAAAAUUUGAAUUAACAAAAGAGAAGAAUAAAUUAAAAUUGAUCGUAAAAAAUGCGCAAAUACAAGAUGAAGGACAAUAUUCGUGUAAAGUCGGUGACGUUAGUACACGGUGUAAAGUCGUUGUUGAUGAGGAAAAAGUUCGUUUCACUGAACGUUUAACGGAUGUUGGCACGAAAGAAGGUGAAAAAGCCGUGUUUCAAUGUGCCGUAUCGAAAAUGGCGUAUGUCAAAGCAAAACGAUCAGUCGAUAUUAAAUGGUUACAUAAUCAAAAACCGAUUGAAAAUAAUGAAAAAUACGUAUUAGAAACAAACGAAAAUGUAUUGAAAUUAACAGUGAAUGAUGUUAAGACAGACGAUGUGGGAAUUAUAUCAUGUUUUGCAGAUGAUGUUACUACUAUGGGAAAAUUACUUGUCGAAGAAACUCCCAUAUUUUUUGUGCGUAAACUUCAAGAUCAAAUUGUUACUGAAAUUCCUGGCAUGUGUAUUUUUGAAUGUGAACUAAAUCGUCCUGGCGUCUCUGUUAAAUGGCUAUAUGACAAGAAAGAGUUAGAUCAUAUUAAUGAGAGAAAUGAAUUUCACCAUACCGAUACUGUUUAUCGUUUGAAAUUAUUCAAUAUUGAUCCUACUUAUCAAGGUGAAUAUGUUUGUGUUGCACGUGACAAGAAAUCACAAGCAUUUCUCAAAUUACAAGUACCACCAACAAUUACACAAUUUCAAACAAAUUCUAAAUUAAUUAAACGAGAUCAACUGUUACAAAUUGAUGUCAUUUAUACAGGAUGUCCUGAACCGACAUUAGAAUGGCAGUUUAAUGGUACACCACUAAAACUAAGUUCAAGAAUUAAAUCGAAACGAUUGAAAUAUGGACAUGUACAAUUGACAGUUGAUGAUACAAAACGAACGGAUGGUGGAAAAUAUACAGUACUAUUAGAGAACGAAUUUGGAAAAGAAGAACGGGAUGGAACCAUUGAAAUAUUAGAUCGUCCAUCCAAACCUCGUGAUCUGAAGGCAAAAGUUUUGGAUUCAAAUGAAGUGGAAUUGGAAUGGACCGUACCUGAGGAUGAUGGUGGUUCCCCUCUGACUGGUUACUGUAUUGAAAAAUGUGAAGAACGACGUGCAGCUACAUGGGAUGAAGUAUCAAUUAUGAGCGCUGAUGAGAAGAAGACAGUUGUGACAAGACUACUCGAAGGUUCGAAAUAUCAAUUUAGAGUUAGUGCCGAGAAUAAAUAUGGACGAGGAGAUCCGAAUGAAACUGAAGAAGCUCUUCUAAUCAAGUCACCAUUUGAUCCACCUGCGGCUCCUGAUGCUCCUCUGGUUGAUGAAAUAACAGGUACAACAUGCCGUGUUCAAUGGUCACCUCCAUCAAAAGAUGGCGGUUCACCUAUUACAUCGUACAUAGUCGAACGUCGUUUGAAAGGAGCAGCUAGAUGGACAAAAGCUACUAAACAACCUAUUCAUGAUACUACAGUGACCGUUGAAGAUUUACUUGAGGGAAGUGAAUACGAAUUUCGAGUAAUUGCACAAAAUAAAGUUGGUCCAUCACAGCCAAGUGAGCCAUCACCAUUAAUUUUGAUUAAAAAUCCAUUUGAUAAACCCGGUGCACCAAGAGAUUUAACAAUAGCUAACAUUGGAAAAGAUUUUAUUGAAUUGUCCUGGCAGCCACCUCAAAAAGAUGGUGGAUCACCAGUGACAUCAUAUGUUAUCGAACGACGUACACCAGCUGUGUACAAAUGGCAUGGUCCGCCUGAUCCUAUUGAAGGUACAUCUACCACCCUUCGCGGUCUUCAUACUGGCAGCAAAUAUGAAUUUCGCGUGCGCGCACAAAAUAUCGCUGGUCUUGGCGAACCAUCUGCUCCCACCAAAGAAACAGAAAUCAAAGAACCGAUAAUUGGUGAAAAACCACGGUUCAUCCAAGAAAUUGAAUCCAUUACGGUUGUGAGUGGAAAGCCAGCCACGUUUACAGCGAGAGUGAAAGGUGAUCCGCAACCCGAUUACAAAUGGACAAAAGGUGAAAAAGUGGUGGUUAAAGAUGCAGAACGUUUAAAAUUUGAUGUCAUGGGUGAUACGGCAAAAUUGAUCAUAACAGAAUGUCAAGCAGGUGAUGCCGGUGUUUAUACGUUGGAAGCAACAAAUCCACUUGGAACAAUUGAAUGCAAUGCUAAAUUAGUUGUGCAAAGUCCACCUGUAAUUGUGUCAUCGACACAAUCCCCAGUGAAUGUUACUGUAAAUCAAGGAUUGUAUAUAUCAUGUGAAAUUCAAGGUUGGCCACGUGCCGAAGCAACAUGGACAGUUAAUGAUGAGCCAGUAAGUGAUCGAGCAAGAACAGAAAUAUCCGACACAUUUGUAGCAUUGUCCAUAUCAAAAACGAAGAAACAAGAGCAAGGGCGAUAUAAAUUAAAACUGAAAAAUCCAGCAGGUGAAGCGCAAGCAUCCUUUGAAGUGAAUGUACAAGAUGUACCUGGUUUAGUUCAAAAUCUGUCAAUCAAAGAUAUUCAGGCUGAAGCAGCCACAGUCACAUGGUUGACACCACUUGACGAUGGUGGUACACCAAUUACGGCUUACUACGUUGAAUAUCGCGAUUUACGACGAUCAAACUUUGUACGCAGUGAGCGUUUAUCAUCAGAUAAACUGGAUUAUGAACUUUCCCGACUGACUAAAGGUUCAAAAUAUACCGUGAGAGUAUUUGCUGAAAACAAAGUCGGUAUGAGUGAACCUUGUGAAUUAAAAGAACCAUUUGUAGCCAAAAAUCCAUUUGACGUACCGGGUGCACCGAGAGAUGUCAAGGUGGGUGAUGUAACGAAAUCAUCGUGUCAACUUCAUUGGUCACCACCUGCCAGUGACGGCGGGGCACCCAUUCAAGGUUAUGUGGUGGAAAGACAAGCAGAAAAAAGAUGGGUUAAAGCAACACCAACACUUAUCAAAGGAACAUCAUAUAAUAUAACUGAUCUAAUUGAAGGUUCAAUAUAUGAAUUUCGUGUCAGCGCUGUUAAUGAGGAAGGUCAAGGAAUGCAUAGUCGCGCAACAGAGAGUGUUACAAUAAAAGAUCCAUAUGGUGUUCCAACAGUACCUGGCCCGAUUGAUAUCAACGAAGUCACUGAUACAACAUGUACUCUAACAUGGAAACCACCAAUUCGAGAUGGUGGCAGUCCGGUUACAUCAUACGUUCUUGAAAUGCGUUUGAAGUCCGAUCCAACAUUUACUCGUUGCGAAACUGCUCAACCAAUUAUCGACUGUCGUUACACUGUUCCAGAAUUACUCACAAAUAGUGAAUAUGAAUUUCGUGUGGCUGCACAAAAUAAAGCAGGUUUAAGUCCUUGGUCACAAACGGAUCAUGCGAUCAUGAUUCGUAAACCUAAAACAGGUAAUGCACCCCAAAUUACUAAAUUUAUCAAUCAAACACAAAUGGCAGGUGGGCAAGGAAAGUUCGAAGCAGUGGUGACUGGUGAAUCACAACCAGAAUGUAUCUGGUAUAAAGGUGGAAAAAAAUUGAAUACUGAACAGGCAACAAGUCGGUAUACAAGCUCAUUUGCUCAAGGAACAGUUGUUUUGUACAUUAAAGAAGUCGAAGAACGAGAUCAAGGACAAUACACGUUGGAAGCACAAAAUGACUUUGGUAACGAUAGCAAACAAGCACAGCUGACUAUUCAUGCAGUCCCCAAAAUUGAAAUUGAUGCGAAACAUAAAAAACAACAUAUAAUCACAAUUGGAUCGUCACUAAGAGUACCAUUCAUCUAUACAGGAUUACCAAAACCAGAAUUAACAGUGGCAAAAGCCGAUAGUGGUUCUGAAAAUGAAGUGAGUGAUAAUGUUGGUCGUGCCACGUUAGACAUAUUUGAGAAUACGGGUACAUUUUUGUUACGACAAACAACUCGUUCUGAUACUGGCUUUUAUCGUUUACACGCUAAAAAUGAAAAUGGUAGUGCAACUGCUCGUCUCGAAAUUGUUGUUCAAGAUGUUCCAUCAAAACCUGGUGAACCACUCUCGAUAACUUCUGUUGGCAAAGAUCAUGUUGGUUUACAAUGGCAACAGUCCGCAGAUGAUGGUGGUUGUCCAUUAGUUGGCUAUGUGAUCGAAAAACGCGAAGAUUCAAAAUCAGUUUGGUCGAAAGUAGCUACUACUCGUCCAACAAAUACCGCUUAUACAUGUACUGGUCUCUUCGAUAACGUUGCCUACCGUUUUCGAGUCAUGGCCGAGAAUGAUAUGGGUAUGAGCGAACCGAUUGAAACUGAACAGCCUGUGACAGCCAAACUACCCUAUUCUCGCCCAUCGGCACCGCAAGGUCCAGUACUUGUUGACGAUAUUACUCAAACAUCUUGUAAACUGUCUUGGUUACCGAGUGCAAAUGAUGGCGGAGCAAAAAUAACGGCCUACAUCGUCGAAGGAAAAGAUGUAAAACGUCAGGCAUGGACACAAUUGGAAACGUUGCCUUCUAUGGAAACAUCAACAGAUAUUAGAAAUCUAAAAGAAGAUGCAACAUAUAUGUUCAGAAUUUACGCAAAAAAUAUUGCUGGUAUAUCUGAACCAUUAGAGGGUGAAGCUGUUACACUCAAACGACCAAAAACUGUACCUGGUGCUCCAGUUCCAUUUUUAGUCAGUGAUAUUGAUAUUGAUAGUUGUACUUUGGAAUGGGAAGCUCCGAAAUUUUUGGGUGGUGAUGAUAUGGAAUUGAAAAGUUAUUUGAUUGAACAACGUAUUGGAGAUAAAGAUUCGUGGAAAACAGCAGCUGAACCGGAUGCUUUUGCGAAAUUUGUAGCAAUUAAACAUUUGAAAGAGGAAAAAGAGUAUUGGUUCAGAAUUAAAGCAGUUAAUGAAUUAGGUGCAUCAAAACCAACAGAAUUAACGAGACCAGUAAUACCUAGACAAAAAAGUUCUAUUCCAUCAGCACCUACUGGACCGAUCACACCGCUGAUGAUUCAGCGUGAUUCAAUUACAAUAUCUUGGGGUCCUUGUCGAAACGAUGGUGGCUCAGAACUUAUUGGUUAUGUUGUUGAGAAACGCGAAUCAACUCGAAAUGUUUGGCAGCGUGUGGGGUACAAUGAUGCUAGUUCAUUUACGUGUAAUGUUGGCUCAUUAACAGAAAAUCUUUUAUAUCAUUUCCGUGUCAUGGCAGAAAAUACGAUAGGUAUGAGUUCGCCACUGGAAACACAAGAGCCAAUACUAGCCAAGAGUCCAUACACAGUACCCGAUAAACCCGAAGGACCAUUGACAACAAAAAUCAUGUCUCCCACAUCGGUAGCCAUCGCCUGGAAUCCACCUGUAAAUGACGGUGGAACUACAUUGACCGGAUAUCUCAUUCAAAGAAGAGAUGUUACAAGACCAAUUUGGAUUAAAGCUGGUCAUGUCAGCGGUGAAACCAAUCGUUUUACCAUCAAAGAUUUACCGGAAGACGCUUCCUAUCAUAUUCAAGUGUUUGCCGAAAAUGCUGAGGGAUCAAGUGUGGAACCUCUACAAACGGAAGAACCAGUGAAUUUAGUGAGAAAAGUUGAUGUUCCAUCAGCACCAGCUAAAAUUGAAGUCAUUGCUAAGACCGAAAAUUCUAUUACUGUUCAAUGGGAAGCCCCCCGCGCGGAUGGUGGUAGUCCCGUGACAGAAUAUUUGUUGGACAUGCGUGAAAAACGUAAAACAGAAUGGACACAAGUUCAACAAAUGCCUGCAAUUACCACUAGUUUUCGUAUAACAAAACUGAAAGAAGGAACGGAUUAUUAUUUCAGAGUUAAAGCGGUAAAUGCACAAGGAGAGGGACCUGCACAAGCGCUCGAGAAAGCAGUUAAACCACAAAAACAUAAUGAACCACCCUCAAUGCCUGGCAAACCAUUAGAAACGAAAAAUAUCGAUCCUACAUCAAUUUUAAUCACCUGGUCGCCUUCCAAGAAUAGCGGUAGUAGUGAUAUUACAGGAUAUGUUGUUGAAAAACGAGAUGCUCUCAAAGCCCAGUGGACUCAAGUGAGAACCACACAAUCCAGUCAAUUUAGUUGCGUCAUUAAUGAUCUAGUCGAAGGUGGCGGUUACUUUUUCCGUGUUCGAGCACAAAAUGAUGAUGGCUUAUCUGAAGGACUCGAAUUAGAUAUGCCUGUGAUAUGUAAAAAUCCAUUCGACGUUCCAUCACCGCCUCGUAAUUUACAGGUGGUAGAAAUUAAUUUACAAACCGUUAAAUUACAAUGGGAUGCACCUGAAAAUGAUGGUGGUCAACCCGUGAGAGCUUAUAUCAUUGAAAGACGUGAUGCUCAACGAACAGGAUGGAUAAAAGAGACAAGAUGUAAAACAACAACGACCGAAAUUGAAAAUUUACCGACAGGGCAACACCAUAUGAUACGAGUGACAGCUGAGAAUCAAGAAGGUCAAAGUGCACCGUGCGAAAUUGGACCAAUACAAAUUGAUAGUAAAGAUUUGGCAUUACCAAAACCGCGUGACGUCGAAAUUACAAAAGUAAAAGGUCAAUCGUUAACAUUAUCGUGGCAAUCUCCUGUGAUCACCGAUAAAACGGAUCAGUUGAAAGGUUUUCAAAUUGAAUGCUGGAAUUCAGAUGAAAAGUCGUGGUAUGAAUUGGAUAAAGUUGAUGCGUAUGAGACAUCGUAUACAAAAACAGAUUUUAAAUCUGAUUUAUCAUAUCAAUUUCGUGUACGAUCACUCACGAAAAAAGGACGAAGUUCACCAUCAAGGGAAACACAAGUACUAUCAUUAAAGAGAGCUGCAGCUCCGCCAGAUACACCUGACUCAUUAGCAAUCUCAGAUAUCGCCGAUGAUUCCUUUACACUCUCUUGGCGUGAAUCGACAGGUCGUGUCAAACGUUACAUUAUUGAAAAACGUGAAUCUAGCAAAAAGGUUUGGGUACCGGUUGGUGAAAGUUAUGAAUCAACAAUUCGUGUUCAACAUUUACUUCGUGGUAGUAAUUAUGAAAUUCGUGUCUUCAGUGAAAAUGAUCAACAUGAACGAUGUGUCGAACCGGCAGUAUUGAGUCUGUAUCCAUUCAAAGGUCGUCAAGUACCACCAGCUCUAUGUGAACAAUUCAAAGUAAAACAACAUGGUCAAACGAGUUUUCUAGUCACAUGGUUACCACCAAUCGAUACUGGAAAUGCACCCAUUAAGAUGUAUAUCAUUGAAAAACAACAAGUAGGAAGAUUGACAUGGCAAAGAGUGAACGAAACACAACAGUGUACAUGCACUGUAAAUGAACUACAAGCAGAGACACAAUACAAAGUGAGAGUAGCUGCGGUAAAUGAAUUUGGACAAGGAGAAUUUAUUGAAUCAGAACCAGUAACAGUCAUUGAAAAUGUUGUUCCACCAUCAAAACCGAUGAAUUUAAGUGUCACAGACAUUUCCUAUAGUUCAAUUACCGUCAGUUGGUUGAGUCCUCGAGAAAUUGGAUCCAAACCAAUCAAACACUACGUUCUUUAUCAACGUAGUGGAAAACAACAUAAUGAAUGGAAACAAGUCCAUCGUCUUAACCGUACUCAAUAUUCAUAUUCCUUCGAUAAUCUCGACUCGGGCGUAAACUAUUGGUUUCGUGUAACAGCCGAAUCGGAUGCCGGAGAAUCAGAACCGUGUGAUUCACAACUAUUAAAUACUAAGAAAAAACAAAAACCACCACCUUCACCAUCACAUGUUUUUGUACGAACAAUUGAUGACGGACAAAUAUCACUUCAAUGGAGUGAAAUAGAUAAUGCCGAAGAAUCGGAUAUUAUUGGCUAUGUAGUAGAAAUGUUAGAUAUUGCAGGUGGUGAUUGGCACGAAGUAGAUAGAACAAAUGAUACAACAAGAACAUGUUUAAUACAAGGAUUAAAAGUAGGCGGUGAAUAUUCAUUUAGAGUAUCGGCAUUCAACAGAGUGGGACAAGGAAAAACAAUGGAAAUCGAUACACCAGUUUAUGCUAAAUCACCAUUCAGUAAACCAGCCGUACCUGGUGGUCCAUUGCAAAUUGCAAAUCUUACACGUUCCACAGCCGAUCUUCAAUGGGCACCACCAUCUACUAAUACCAAUGUUCCUAUUCGUAGUUAUUUUAUUGAAAAAUUAAGAGAUCGUAUUUGGGUGAAAGUCGCAAGAUUACCAUCGACUACCACUUCUUUGAAAGUGUUUAAUUUAAUUGAAAAUCGUGAAUGUACAUUUCGUGUAUCAGCUGAAAAUCAAUAUGGUGUAUCAGAACCAUUAGAAAGUAUAAAAAUAAAACCAUCAAGAACACUUGAAACGUCACCACAAGUGACAUGUGAAUCAGCACCUGUAUUUGAAAAAUUAGUUGAUCGUAGUGAAUUUAAUUUUACAUUAUAUCAAGAUAGUCCUCCAUCAACAACAUGGGACAUGCUGAAAUUUGAUGAUAUUGAUGAAUAUUUAAAAACAUCUUGGUGA